UCAAAAUCAACAUUGUCAUCUUCUUCCUCUUAGAGCAAACUCAUACGAAGUUAUAAACACAUAUAUACAUUACACAUCUAUUUAAAGAUGAUAUGCGAAGAGGCAUAUCAGUAUCAACAACUCCAUGCACAAAAUGAUCACAUGAUGACAAUGAUGAUGAUGGACUUGAGCCAAUCACCACUCUCAUCACCCAUAUUAUCAAACAAUACUGACAACAAUGAGGAAGAGAGGCUAGAGGAUGUGAAUUUGAGUUGCAUGGCAUUACAAUCUCUCCCAAAUCAUUUCCUCAAUUUGGGAAUUAUUUGCAAGCUUGAUCUCUCCAACAAUCAUAUCAAGAAAAUACCAGAAUCUCUAACAGCGAGAUUACUUAACUUGAUAUCAUUAGAUAUUCACUCAAACCAGAUCAAAGCUCUUCCAAACUCCAUUGGUUGUCUCUCUAAGCUCAAGAUCCUUAAUGUCUCCGGCAACUUUCUCGUUUACCUCCCCAAAACUAUUCAAAAUUGCAGGUCACUCGAAGAACUAAACGCCAACUUCAACGAGCUGAUUAGACUACCAGACUCAAUCGGGUUAGAACUAACCAACCUAAGGAAGCUCUGCGUCAACUCAAACAAGCUCAUCACCCUACCAACCUCCAUCACCUACCUCACUUCCCUCCGUGUCCUCGACGCUCGUCUCAACUGCCUAAUGAUCCUCCCCGAGGACCUCGAGAACCUCAUCAACCUCGAGAUCCUCAACGUCAGCCAAAACUUCCAGUACCUCACCGCGCUCCCAUCUUCCAUCGGCCUUCUCAUGAACCUCCUUGAGCUAGACAUCAGCUACAACAAGAUCACGGUCUUGCCCGAGUCCAUCGGAUGCAUGAGGCGGCUGAGGAAGCUGAGCGCUGAGGGAAACCCGAUCGUGUCCCCACCGAUAGAGGUGGUGGAGCAGAGCUUGCAGGCGGUGAGGGAGUAUCUGAGCCAGAAGAUGAACGGUAGGCUGGUGAACGCAUCGCCGAAGAAGAAGUCGUGGGGGUUCCGUAAACUGGUGAAGUAUGGAACGUUCAAUGGAAGAUCAAGGGCUUGGACUAGGGAAGAGAGAGAAGGGCUGAUAAUGCCUGAGUACCGUCCCAUUGAUAUCUUGGCUUCGAAUAGGUUCCCUGGUAUCUCACCUCGGAGUAUCUUCUCUCCAAGAACCUAUUUCAGCAGAUAAGUAUAACGCAGGCAG